AUGCGCCAGCGCCACCCGCCUGCGCGCGCCUGUGCGUUGCGGCCGUGGCGCGGCGGCCUCCGGCUGCGGGGCGGGCCUGGGUGCGAAGGAGGCGGCUACCCUACAGUAGGUCACUCAGUGCCUGUGAAUCUCACAUCUUGUGCUGACAGAGACAGGAGUCUGCAUGUUCUGUUUGCUUCCACAAGCUCCAGAAUCAAAGAUGGGCUGCCCAAGCCAUGCAGAGAGCAGCUGCCAUGCAAGAGAGGAGCCUACUGGCAGUGGAAGAAGGUACACAGAGAGUGGCACUUACUGGGCCCUUGCCAUUCAAGCACCCUAAGAAAGCCACCACCACCCAAGCUGGUGCUGCUCCAAUCCUGUCAGACCGUGCUGCAGCAGCAGAGAGGGAAAAACGUCAGCCUGUGGCCCUCUCCCUGCUGCCACCAAGCAGGAGCCAGACCUCAGAUGCUACUUCUGCUCCUCCACCUUAUGUGGUACCCAGUUUUUCCAGUGGUCCACCACAGCAGGACCUUCCUCUGCUCACACAAGCAUCAGAGCAGCAGGAUCUUUGGGCUCUCCUUAUCUCAUCCCUUAAAAGGCCCAUGCUGGCAACAGCCAUGCUGUUGCCACCUGAUGGGCAGCCCCUGGCAACCUUUUACAGCCCAAAUCACACCUGCAACUCUGACAGGGCACAUGCAGGUGAUUGGCUGGCACUCUAGUGCCAGACCUACUGCAGACAGUGGGGACAGCAGCACAGUUAUGGUUUCAUAAGUUGAGAGGUCACAGGUAGAUGCUUCUGGAAAGAUAUUUGAGCACUAAACCCUCUCCACUGUCAUGUCCUUUUAUUUAUUUAUCUAUGUAUUUAUUUAAUGGUUCU